GCAGCGCAGCCACCUGCGGCGGGGCCGGGGCGGGCGGGCCGCGGGGGCGGCCACCGCUCCAGCCGGGGCUCCGCGCCGGGGCGCCGCGGGGCAGCGCCUGCCCGCUUGGGCCCUGCGGCUCUGCUCGGGUGAGGCAGGGCCUGGUCCUUCAGUGGCUCCCGCCGGCAGCCGCUGGCUCAGCCCGGAGGACAGACGGUGGUGCCCCUGUUGCCCCCACAGACCCUUCUGCUGCUCCUGGCGUCCUGCAGGUCUCUGCUGUCACCCCUCGGGCCCUAGGCACCUUCUCCGCAGCUGGUGGCAGCGACUGAACUUUUCUAUGGCUACAUGAACUGGAAGAAAGUGGAAGGAAGCAUUUUGGAAAUAGAGUCUCAGUUACACUGAUCCUUGGUGUUAGAGCACAUUGAUGCUUAAUGCCAGUACAUCUACCAAAAAAUGAAGACUAAAACCAAAGGAAAGAAGCAAAGGCAUACUGUUGACAAAGAAGCAUUUUCUGAGGAGUCGGCAAUGAGAAAAAAAGAACUGGUGAAAUGUUUGCGACACAAAGAAAGGAGAAGUGGGGGAAACAAGGAGAGCAGCAAGAUCACUACAGCCAGAGCCAAGCAUUCCUGGAGUAAUAAGGACAGGCAUUUGAGGAGACUGGAAAGCAAUGAGCGGGAGAGGCAGAGAAUGCACAAGCUCAACAAUGCAUUCCAGGCUUUGAGAGAGGUCAUCCCUCAUGUGAGAGCUGAGAAUAAACUUUCCAAAAUAGAGACACUCACACUGGCCAAAAAUUACAUUAAAUCCUUGACCUCCAUUAUACUCAAUAUGUCCAAUGGACACUUCCCAGCAGCAGAAGGUAUGGGGGGAGCCUGGGGGUCCAAAUUGUACCAGCAUUAUCAACAGCAACAUGGGGAUGAUGAUCAUGAUGAACAUCUACCAAAAUAUUCUCCAUAGAUUCAAAGCUUCAGCCAAAACACCUACAGUUAGCUACUACCAUCAUUCUUUUUCUUUCUUGUGUGAUAAUACCUGUCAGUACAUAGAGAUUUUAAGAGACUAUUUUUGCCUCCAGCUAUCCCCCAUUUUUUCUUAGAAAGACAAACAGGUAACACUCAUGGCUAUAGCUUGUAAGGCACAUUUUAAAAAUGACCUUAAAUUGUAAGAAUUUUUCAGAGCUUAGUGGAUAUAUUUGUGUGGUGCAUCAGGUUUGACUUAAGUAAAGAUUUAGUAACUCCUGAAAAUUACCCUCACUGGAAGGGUUGUGAGUUAAGCAUGUAAGGCCUGUGGCAUGUGAGUUCACUAGAGCUUGUUGAGAAUCUUGGCUGUAGCGCUGUUCACCAGACUGUCAGUGACUGUUCUUACGUCUGCUACAGAGGAAAUUAAAAUUGAUGGCAACAUUUGACUAACUUGAGUGAAGUAGUGUGUGUGAGGGUGAAUUGGCCACCAAAUAUGAGUGUUUGCCUUGAGUGGUUUGGAUCUGCUCUGGUAAUUUUGAGCCUUGAAAAGCAUAAAAUCUUUUAAAGUACUUGUUAAUGUAAACAUCUACAAAGCUUUCUUAGAUUGUAAGCUCUCUAGAGUAAGGACGUUUUCUGGUCUGUAUUUCCAGAGCAUCUAGUCUCAUGGAGCUUUUUGUUAGUGGGUGUCUGAGUGCCAUUUUAAUGCAAAUAAUAAAUAAGAGACAAAUGACUUAUUUUUGCUAAAACUAUGAUAAAAAUGCUUUAGUAUUGGCAUAAGUUAGCAAUCUAUCCAAUUACAAAUUAUUUGCUAAUGAAGCUUGUAAUGGGAUCAGGAUUCUUUCUGGGUUAGUGGUAGAUUCUGGUAUUGUAAAACACAAUAAAAUGAAGCAGGAACUCUUCAAAAAGGAAAAUAAGCUGCUUUUUUUCUUUCUC